CCGCGGGGUCCGGGUUCGGGGCCGGCUCCGUGUCCGGUGCCGUCGGUGCCGUCGGUGCCGUCGCUCCCGGUGCCGGUGGCCGGUACCCGCCGCCAUGUUCGACUGCCUGGAGGCGCUGGGGGGGCCGCGGCGGCUGCACGACGUGACGAACCGCGGGGCCUGCGCGCUGCGCAAGGCGGGGUACGGGCCGCGCUGCGGGGCCCUGCCGCCCUUCGCCUGGCCGCCGCCCGCCCGCCGCGCUGUGGAGACCCCAAGCCGCAGUGGGGAGGAGAUGGUGCCCAGCUCGCCCUCGCCGCCCCCCCCGCCCCGCGUCUACAAGCCCUGCUUUGUGUGCAGCGACAAGUCCUCGGGGUACCACUAUGGGGUCAGCUCCUGCGAGGGCUGCAAGGGCUUCUUCCGCCGCAGCAUCCAGAAGAACAUGGUGUACACGUGCCACCGGGACAAGAACUGCCAGAUCGACAAGGUGACCCGCAACCGGUGCCAGUUCUGCCGCCUCCAGAAGUGCUUCGAGGUCGGCAUGUCCAAGGAAGCCGUUCGCAAUGACAGGAACAAGAAGAAGAAGGAGGUGAAGGAGGAGGCCACGGUUGAGAGCUAUGAGCUGAGCCCUGAGCUGGAGGAGCUGGUGCAGAAGGUCAGCAAAGCCCAUCAGGAGACCUUCCCCUCGCUGUGCCAGCUGGGCAAGUACACCAUGGAUGCGAGCGCCGAGCGCCGGGUGCAGCUGGACCCAGGGCUGUGGGACAAGUUCAGUGAGUUGGCCACCAAGUGCAUCAUCAAGAUCGUGGAGUUCGCCAAGCGCCUGCCUGGCUUCACCGCGCUCAGCAUGGCCGAUCAGAUCACCCUGCUCAAGGCAGCGUGCCUGGACAUCCUGAUGCUGCGGAUCUGCACACGCUACACCCCAGAGCAGGACACGAUGACGUUCUCGGAUGGGCUGACCCUGAACCGUACCCAGAUGCACAACGCCGGGUUCGGGCCCCUCACGGACCUGGUGUUUGCCUUCGCCGGGCAGCUCCUGCCCCUGCAGAUGGAUGACACCGAGACCGGGCUGCUCAGCGCCAUCUGCCUCAUCUGCGGAGACCGGCAGGACCUGGAGGAGCCGGAGCAGGUGGAGCGGCUGCAGGAGCCGCUGCUGGAGGCCCUCAAGGUGUACGCGCGGCGGCGGCGGCCGCGGCAGCCACACAUGUUCCCGAGGAUGCUGAUGAAGAUCACGGACCUGCGUGGAAUCAGCACCAAGGGUGCGGAACGAGCCAUCACACUGAAGAUGGAGAUCCCGGGGCCGAUGCCCCCCCUGAUCCGGGAGAUGCUGGAGAACCCUGAGAUGUUCCAGGAGGAGGAGGAAGGGGGGGGGCAGCCCCCUCCGGAUCCCCCCCCGGCCCAGGACAGCCCCCCUGGGCCCCCCCCUUCCUCCCCAUAGCGCCCCCCCCCCCCAGCCCGCUCCAGGGGCAGGGGGGGGGCAAUUGUGUGUCCCCCUUCUCCAAGGGUUGGACAUUCACAACAGCCUUCCAGGGCCCCCCCCUUGGCUCCGGGGGGGGGGAGAACCCCAACUGUGCCCCCCCAAAUGUGGGGGGGCUCCAGAGACUGAUGGAGCCGCGCGGGGGGGACCCCGCGGCACAGCUAUUGCCUUAAGCUGGGGGGCCCGGGGGGGCCCCCCCACCCCAACCUCAGCUUCACGCCAAAGCCCCCCCCCCCCAUCCCCGCUGCCAUCCCCCCCCUUGUAUUUGGGAGGGGUUUUAAGGGGGGGCAACAAUGGACAGAACCCCCCUCCCCACAUUAAUACCUGACACCCCUGGGGUGCCCCCCACCCUGCUGCACCCCCCCCAUUGUCACCCCAGGGGGGACCCCACCAUUGGGGGCUUUAUUUAUUGGAGACAGGGUGGAUUUGGGGGGGGCACCCUUAUUGCCCCCCGAGGUGCAGGUGGGACCCCCCCAAUUCGGGGGGGGGAGUUAAUUUGCUGGUUAUUGUUUUAUAUGGGGGGGUCGCUUGUGGGUUUUGCUUUUGGGGGGGGCACCCCCCAAACCCCCUCCCUGUGCUCUACACUCCUCCCCCCUCCCACAGCACAGAACACUACAGAGACCAAAGAUGUGGGGCACAAAGUGACCCCCCUCAAGCCCCCCUCAAUAUUGCUGGGGGGCCCCAAGCCAUAGUCACAGUUACCCCAAUGCCAUGGGGGGGGCCCAACUUGGAGCUUCCCCCCCCCCUUAGGGCAGCUUUGGGGGGACCCACCCCACACCCCCCCAGGACCAAACUGCCCCCCCCAAUAUCUGUUACCAAUGGGGGAUGCUCCCUGCCCCCCCCCCCCAAUUUGGGGUUGCACAGCCCAUGUGGGGGGUCUGUUACACUACGGGGGGGGGGGGGGG